AUGUCCACAACGAAACUUGGUAUACGGACGACUUUUGUGCAAACAACCGAAUCUGAUAGAAUUCGUUGCGCUGUUGUCUCAGUGGAAGAAUGCGCGCCAUCAGAGCCAAUUGGUGUGAAUUAUGAUCAAAUGUUCCUGGGAGAGGAGACGUAUCAAAUAUCACGGCUUGCUGCGCUCUCGGCGAUAUCAAAUUUAACGGGGUUUAUAGAAACUAAGCUAUCGGGAGGCAAGGUUUUGGAGAAGAAAUUGAAGCUAGUUUCGCUCAACAAGCCCUUGAGAGUGGGCUGUCUUGCCAAGAAGCCACGUUGCAUACAGCAAAAACAUGACUAUAUCUGGAGGACUUCCACACAGCCCGCUGAAUUUGCAGGUAAGCACCAUCGUAGGUGGCUUGUCAGUUUCUUCGAGGCAGGGGAUGUUGUGCUCCAUGAUCCGUUUACUAUCCAUGUCUCGACCGUGAACACUGAUCCAGAAUCGACUAUCAGACUUUCAACUGAUCUGAGGUUCUACGAUGCUUCACGGGCAUACGAUCAG